AUGACAGCCACUGCAGAGGGCAGUGUAGUGCCUUUAAACUACGGGGCGAGGAUAAACCUCCGAAACUAUCCGAAUCAGGACUGGAUCGUGUUUCUGGGUACAGCAACAUCGGAGGGUGUACCCCGAGUCUCCUGUUUGACGGAGCAGCCGGUGCCUCAGUGUCACGUCUGUGUCGAUGCGAGUGAAAGACUGCACUCGCCCAACCGUCGACGGAACACCUCUCUGGCGAUACAUAGACGACGCAGAACGCAAGCGGGGAGGGAGUUGCUCGCUGGACGCACCCACGAGACGGUGGUUAUUGAUGUUGGCAAGUUCUUUUACCAGUCGGCGAUUGAUGUCUUCCCAGCGACUGGACUGCGCCAGAUCGAUGCAGUAGUGCUGACGCAUGAACACGCUGACGCCACCAAUGGUCUCGAUGAUCUCCGCGACUGGACACUGAACAUUGGUCGUCGACAUGGCGACGGUCCGCUCUCUAUACCCGUCUGGGGCGACGCCGCAACUCUGGAACGCGUUCACGGUGCGUUCCCGUACCUUGUAGAGCCAUCUCGUGCCACGGGUAGUGGACUCGUUCCAAAACUAAGCUUUCAUCAAAUCGAAGCGUACCAGCGAUUCUACCCGACGCAUCCGCGAUCCGUCAACGCAGCGAAUAGCUUGCAGUCGGAUCGGUUGACGCCGGCACCCGCACUGGCACCCGCACCUGACUGCAUUAGCCUGCUUCCCGUGCCUGUUGAGCACGGCCGUGACCAGGGAUGCCUAGGAUUUCGAUUCGGCGAAGUGGUCUACCUCAGCGAUGUAAGCUAUAUUCCACCAAAAGCAAUGGACGCAAUUCGAGGCUGCCGCAUCCUCAUCGUUGAUGCACUGCAUCCUGGCACAGGAUCCCAUGUGUCGCAUUUCUGCGAGCAGCAAGCGCUGGCACUCGUCACGCAACUGAGACCAAUCUAUACGUUCUUUACGGGCAUGACCCAUAUGUGGGAUCACGAACGAGACAAUGCACGGCUUGCAGCCUGGUCUGCCGCCGAAUCACGACGGAUGGAUGGUCGACCAGUCCACGUCGCGCUCGCCUAUGAUGGCCUCUGCGUACCUGUGGACCUCGAGGCCGACCGCUGA